AUGGCUUCUCUAGCAGAGUGGUGGCUGAACACCAGCUGUCCCGUCGCCGGUUUUCCCUCACUGCGCGCCGUUGCGAUCCUCUCAGCUUACGUCGCUUUUCUCAUCGUAGCAGGCGCGAUUCUUCCAGGAAAAGUGUUUCCUGGAACAGUUCUCGCCGACGGGACUCGCCUCCAUUACAAAUGCAACGGCUUCCGCGUUCUCCUCCUCCUCCUCGCUCUCCUCGGCUACGGCGUCCAAUCCGGGCAUCUGUCCGCGACCAUCGUCGCCGAUCUAGCUGGCGAACUUUUCGCGACGACUUUCGCCAUCACGGUACUCCUCUCCCUCGCUCUCUACCUCGCAGGGGUUUUCUCAACCAACGCCAAAUCUUCCUCUUUGAAACCGAAAUUCCACGGCAACUUCAUCAGCGAUUUCAUCUACGGCGUACAGCUAAACCCGUCCGUGUUCGGACUCGAUCUUAAGUUCUUCUGUCUGCGACCCGCCAUGAUGGGAUGGCUUCUGAUCAACCUCUCCAUCGCCGCGAAGCAGCAUGAGCUUUUGCUGAAACUCCCCGACAACUCCCACGCGAUCACCCUUGCCUCGUUGAACCUCACCGCCAUGCUUCCCGCCAGCGUCGCCAGCAGCAGCAUCGCCACCCUCCCUAUAAUCACACUUCCUAUGUUCCUCUACCAAGUUUUUACCGCUAUUUAUGUCCUGGACUAUUUCUGGUUCGAAGAGUACAUGACAUCCACGUGGGACAUAAUUGCUGAGAAUUUCGGCUUCAUGCUGGUUUUCGGGGAUUUGAUUUGGAUCCCUUUCACCUUCUCCGUCCAAGCAUGGUGGCUGCUGGCUCACGGCACUGCUCGCGACAGCAUCGCAGCCACCGUUUCUCUGCCCUUCGCCAUUAUCACAGUCGCGGUUUUUAUAGUAGGUUAUGCAGUAUUCCGCGGCGCCAACCGCCAGAAGCACAUUUUCAAGCAUGACCCAACGGCUAAAAUCUGGGGUAAAACACCCCGUGUUGUUGGCGGCAGACUGCUGGUUUCGGGUUACUGGGGCAUAGCUCGCCACUGCAACUACCUGGGAGAUUUGAUGCUGGCUCUCUCUUACAGCCUGCCCUGUGCUUUCUACUCCCUCUGCCCCUACUUCUACCCUAUUUAUCUGCUGAUCCUGCUCCUCUGGAGAGAGCGUCGGGAUGAGGCUCGGUGCCGAGCCAAGUACGCGGAGGUCUGGAAGGAGUAUUGUAGGAUCGUGCCUUGGCGCAUUGUGCCCUUUGUCUACUAG